UCAUUUCCUCCUCAAGCAAAUGAUGAAAUUGUAAUACUCAAUAUCCUUACUACGUCUGCAAUAAAAUCGGUUUAAUUGCUUCAUUGCAUGGAUUUAUGCGAGAUCAAAAGAGCUGCAUAAUUCCCUCUUCCUUAUUAGAAUGAACAGUAUAUUAAACAAGAACUACAGAAAAUACUAAAUGCAAUGCAUGUUUCUCUGAUUGGGAUAAAUCUCCGAAAGCCAAAUAAACUGAAAAUGACUGACGACGAAGUGAUGACCCUCUUCAGCGGCAGAACGUGGCUUUAAAGUUUGCAAGCAGUGGUGCAACAUGAUGAAACACGAGGGUAACCUUACAUAACAUGUGUGAGGACGUACACGUAGCUUCCUGGGGAUAAAUCUCACUGCAAAUGUUGCACGCUGUCCGCCGGAGAAGAUUACAGCACGAGUGGAUCAUUGCAGGGGAGAGGGCACAUUAUGAGUAUUAGUUAGUAUUAAGGACACUGCUUCAUCCACAGUUAUAUUUAAUAAAGCGUACAGGAAGAGGUACAUUGAAGAUGCACAGAGUCAAACAGCUGAAAAUGCAACAAUAUGAAAUAAUGAUUGUAUAUUUGCUGCCUUUAGUUUGAUUUAAUUGUAACACAUAUGGAGUUUAAGUUUUUCGACAAACUGCACAGUGACUGUGUUUCAGCCUGCCUUUGGAAGAGGUUUCCUCUUUGAUGGUGCGGCGCAGGAUGACACAGAACACAUACUAAUCAAUGCAGCCACUUCCCUGCAGCUGGGAUAAAACAAGAACACUCAUUAUCUUUCAUUUCAAAAGGAUGGGGACGGAUGUAAGGGAGACAGUGUGUCCUCUAUGAAUUAUUCCUACUGAUUAUGUCCUUCCCUCACUAGAGAGCAUCACUUCUUAAAUACUCUCCCAAAGAGUUAUUGGUUAACUUUCCAAUAUCCUUAAGGAGUGAAUGAUUCUCCAGCGUGUUUACUGAGCGAUGGGGGGGCCUGGAAUGCAGAUGUGUACUUUCACCCUGGAACCUUUACAAUGAGUCAUGGAGGAAAACGGUUUGUUUCCGACCCCUCGGUACAAUGACACCCUUACUGUUUGGGCGCCGAUGCCCACAGCUCCCAGCAGGCAACUGGGCACCCUUCCCAACCCGCAGACGCGCUUCAAGGACCUGGCAGGGAUGUUCUUCAUGGUGACCCUGAAUGUUCUGGCACUCUUAGCCAACACUGCUGUUCUGGUCGUAGUCAUGAAAGCUCCCCAUCUCAGGAAGUUUGCCUUUGUGUGCCACCUGUGUGCAGUGGACCUGCUGUGUGCCAUCUUGCUCAUGCCUCUCGGGAUCGUGUCCAGCUCGACGUACUUCGCCGGCGUGGUGUUCAGCGCCCUCGAGUGCCAGGUGCACGUCUUCCUCAACGUGAUGCUCGUGGCGGCCUCCAUCUUCACCAUCACGGCCAUCAGCGUGGAGCGCUACUACUACAUCGUCCACCCCAUGCGCUACGAGGUCAAGAUGACGCUGAAGCUGACCACAGCUGUGAUAGUGACCGUGUGGGUGGCGUCGGCGGCGCUGGGCCUGUCCACCGUGUUCGGGUGGCCCCCCUACGGCGCCCUGGGCACCAUCAGCGCCGCGCGCUGCUCGCUGUACUGGAGCCACAGCGACCACAGGCGGGUCUUCUCCGUGCUCUUCAGCGUCGCUUGUUUCUGCCUCCCCGCCGUGGUGAUUUUCGCCGUCUACUGCAACGUCUACAAGGUGGCCCGCGUGGCCGCCCGCCAGCACGGGCCCCUGCCCCUGUGGGCCAGCGGCCAGGCGAAGCAUCGCUCGGACUCGAUAAACAGCCAGACCACCAUCAUCACGACGCGCACCGCUCCGCCGAGGAUGGCGCGCGAGCGGCCUUUUGGCGGAGGUAAAGCCGCUCUCACUCUGGUGGUUAUCGUCGGGCAGUUUCUGGUCUGCUGGCUGCCUUACUUCGCCUUUCACUUGUACCUGAUGCUCGACGAGACACCCCGGAUUCCCGAUGACCUGGAGGCGACGGUCUCAUGGCUGGCAUACUCCUCCUUUGCUGUCAACCCAUUUUUCUACGGGCUUCUCAACCGGCAGAUCAGGGAGGAGCUUUGUAAGCUGAGGCGCUGCUACGCGGCCCGGCCCGCCGAGCUGACCGCCUCCAGCCACGAGGGCUCGGGCCACGAGAACUUCCUGCAGUUCCUCCACAGGACCAGCUGCACAGUGGAGACGCAGGCGAGCGUUGCCGCGUCCAGUCCUAGAAGCACUGUGGAUCACACUGGGCAGACUGGUUUCAGGAUACCAGGCCAGAUCCCAGAAGAGUUCAGUUAGAUAAACUCAGCAUUCGUGUCCUGCAGGACAACGCUUCAAAAUAACGUGAUAUUGAUAUGAUGAAUAAUGUAAGUGAUCUCGAUGCAUUAUGUCUGUUGGUUGUGUUUGCAUGCAGUGCAAGUUCACACAGAGCAUCGUUUCAUUAAUAGUUUAUAGAACAUGAAUAGAAAGCUGCGUUUCUUGAAUUAUUUUGGCUGUAUUUGUGUUUGAAUUAAAACCGGUACCUUGUUAAUCUUUAAAGGAAUACUUUGUAAUUAUAGCUACUUAAACAAAGUUACAUUUUCUUUGAUUACCAAUCAUUACAUUCAUAAGAACACAAAUACCAGAUUUUACUUGAAUAUGGAAUUGAGGUAAUAUGAUCAGUAUCUAUAUCUGCAUCUAAAUACUAAUAUUGUUGAUAUAUUCAUGAUUCAUGAUAUACAGCAUGUAUAUAAUGACGAUGAGAGUAAGAAGUCAUUCCUUGUUCACUUAAGACAACCUGUUUUCAUGAGUUAUCAACAUGGCAGCAAUAUUCUUUGUACAACUUACUCACUGUUCUGUGGUAUUUUUGUUGCAGAAAUGUAUGUACAUUUUAUUUAAAAAGAGACACAUUACGUUUUGUUGAACAGUGUAUUGUUUCUUAAGCUUUAAAUGUGAAAAUAAACCCAAGUUACUUUCA